GCUGAUAUAGACGUAGAAAUCAAGAUGAAUGCUGAUAAUAUCGAGCCAAAUUCAAGUAGCUCUAACCGAGUGGUUAGAGCUAACUUGAUGGAAGGCGUAGGGGCACGAGUUGUUCGAGGACCAGACUGGAAAUGGGGAAAACAAGAUGGUGGGGAGGGGCAUGCUGGAACAGUUAGAAAUUUUGAGUCGCCAGAAGAGGUUGUGGUAGUUUGGGAUAACGGAACAGCUGCUAACUAUCGAUGUGCAGGAGCCUACGACCUAAGGAUAUUGGAUAGUGCUUCAACAGGUAUCAAACAUGAUGGUACAAUGUGCGAUACGUGUAGACAGCAGCCGAUAUUUGGCAUCAGAUGGAAGUGUGCAGAGUGUUCUAACUACGACGUAUGCUCUGUCUGCUAUCAUGGAGACAAACACAACCUUCGUCACAGAUUUUACAGAAUUACCGUUCCAGGAUCUGAUAGGGUUGCCGUGGAGCCACGAAGAAAAAGUAAAAAGAUAACAGCGAGAGGAAUUUACCCUGGAGCUAGAGUAGUGAGAGGUGUUGACUGGCAAUGGGAGGACCAGGAUGGGGGUAAUGGUCGACGAGGAAAAGUCACUGAGAUACAGGAUUGGAGUGCUGCCAGCCCAAGAAGUGCUGCAUAUGUGCUGUGGGAUAAUGCUUCAAAAAACCUUUACAGAGUGGCUUUUGAAGGCAUGGCUGAUUUAAAAGUGGUGAAUGAUGCCAAAGGCGGGUCCUUCUACAGAGAUCAUCUCCCAUUGCUGGGGGAGCAGGGGCCAGGCUCCAGGGCGGGACCAGGUGGGCUGGCUAUCGGUGACCAGGUCAAUGUCGACCUUGACCUUGAGAUUGUCCAGUCCUUACAGCAUGGCCACGGGGGAUGGACAGAUGGCAUGUUUGAGUGCCUGGGUACGACAGGAACUGUGGUGGGAAUAGACGAAGACCAUGACAUUGUGGUGUCCUACCCUAGUGGUAACAGUAGGUGGACUUUCAACCCAGCAGUUCUAACCAAGGUUAACACUCCAAGCAGUGCUACAGCUUCUGCGAACGAAAACACUACUCCAACUCCACCCACACAACAGUUUGCUGUUGGAGACCUUGUCCAAAUCUGUAGUGAUGCUGAGAAAAUAAAACUGCUUCAGCGCGGCCAUGGAGAGUGGGCCGAGGCCAUGAUUCCUACCCUGGGUAAGAUUGGCCGGGUACAGCAGAUUUACCAUGAUAAUGACCUGAAGGUUGAAGUGUGUGGUACAUCCUGGACAUACAACCCUUCUGCUGUCACUAAAGUUGCAUCGUCAGAUGGGGCUGCCAUCGGCAACUCAUCCGGAGAACGCCUAAGUGCUCUCCUGAAAAAGUUGUUUGAGACGCAUGUUUCUGGAGAUGUAAACGAGGAGCUAGUGAAGGCAGCAGCAAAUGGAGAUGGGACCAAAGUUGAUGAACUCUUACAGCGACCCGAGGCUGAUGCCAAUGGAAUGUUUGCUGGUCAUACUGCCCUCCAGGCAGCCUCACAAAAUGGACAUUCUGAUGUCAUACGGGUACUGAUGAAACAUGAUGUGGACUUUGAAAUAGAGGACAAAGAUGGUGAUCGUGCGGUGCACCAUGCUGCUUUUGGAGAUGAGCCUAGCGUGAUAGAACAGCUACAGAGAGGAGGUGCUGACCUCAAUGCCAGAAAUAAACGUCGCCAGACACCCCUACACAUUGGUGUAAACAAAGGUCACAUCGGUGUGGUGAAGACUCUGCUGGACCUUGGCUGUCACCCCAGUCUCCAGGACUCUGAAGGAGACAGUCCACUCCACGAUGCCAUCAGUAAGAAGCGAGAUGACAUGAUAUCUAUCCUGCUGGAACACCAUGCAGAUCUGACCAUAGCCAAUAACAAUGGCUUCAAUUCUCUACAUCAUGCUGCACUGCGGGGCAACCCAAGUGCAAUGAGAAUUUUACUAACUAAAAUUCCACGUCACUGGAUCGUGGAUGAGAAAAAAGAUGAUGGCUACACUGCACUCCAUCUUGCCGCACUAAAUAACCAUGUGGAGGUGGCUGAACUCCUUGUCCACCAGGUAAAGUCAUCAUCUCAAGGUCAAGACCAAAAGGUUAAGGGGAAGGCCAACAUGGACAUUCAGAAUGUCAACCUUCAGACUGCUCUACAUCUGGCUGUGGAACGUCAACACACACAGAUUGUCAGGUUAUUGGUGCGGGAGGGAUGUAACCUGAACGUGCCAGACAAAGAUGGUGACACUCCCCUCCACGAGGCCCUGAGACAUCACACCUUAUCCCAGCUCCGACAGCUCCAGGACAUGCAGGAUGUCGGCAAGUUACUGAUGGGACUAGGAACACCUGGAGCAGAUAAAAAGUCCAGUGCUUCCAUUGCUUGUUUCCUGGCCGCUAAUGGAGCUGACCUCAGCAUCAAAAAUAAGAAGGGUCAAACUCCACUUGACCUUUGCCCUGACCCUAACCUUUGUAAAGCCCUGGCUAAGUGUCAUAAGGAACGUCACAGCCCUGGAGCAGCUGCCGAGAACACUGUGAUUAUCCGUAAUGACCAGGAGUCGCUUCAGGAGUGUAUGGUGUGUUCGGACCUGAAGCGGGACACCCUGUUUGGGCCGUGCAGUCACAUUGCCACCUGUUCUCUCUGUUCGCCCAGAGUAAAGAAAUGUCUGAUGUGCAAGGAGCAGGUCCAAUCUAGGACUAAGAUUGAGGAGUGCGUGGUAUGCUCGGAUAAGAAAGCAUCAGUAUUAUUCCUUCCGUGUGGUCACAUGUGUGCUUGUGAUGGUUGUGCUGUCCUUAUGAAGAAGUGUGUGCAGUGUCGGUCCUCCAUAGAGAAGACUGUCCCUUUUAUUGUGUGUUGUGGAGGAACACCACCCCCUGCCCCCCAGCCACCCGGUGUGAUGAACAAUGGGUCACGUGACGUAUCUAAGGACAUUCAGAAGCUACAGCAACAAUUACAGGACAUCAAGGAUCAGACCAGCUGUCCAGUGUGUAUGGAUCGCCUGAAAAACAUGAUUUUCCUGUGUGGACACGGCACAUGUCAGAUGUGUGGAGACAGAAUGGCUGAGUGUCCCAUCUGUCGCAAGUCUGUAGAGAAACGCAUCCUCCUCUACUAAGAGAGGCAACUAUUAAAAUGCAUCACCUUCUAUGGGAGACAACUACUCAAAUACAACCUCCUCUGCCAGUGGAGACAACUAAGAGAUUACAUCCUCCAGUAGUUGUGUUGACAACUAAUAGAACACAUCCUCCAGUAGUUGUGUUGACAACUAAUAGAACACAUCCUCCAGUAGUUGUGUUGACAACUAAUAGAACACAUCCUCCAGUAGUUGUGUUGACAACUAAUAGAACACAUCCUCCAGUAGUUGUGUUGACAACUAAUAGAACACAUCCUCCAGUAGUUGUGUUGACAACUAAUAGAACACAUCCUCCAGUAGUUGUGUUGACAACUAAUAGAACACAUCCUCCAGUAGUUGUGUUGACAACUAUUGAAAUAGAACAUCCUCUACCAGUGGUGACAACUAAUAGAACACAUCCUCUUGUAGUUAGGUUGACAACUAUUGAAAUAGAACAUUCUCUACCAGUGGUGACAACUAAUAGAGCACAUCCUUCUGUAGCUAUGUUGAAACUAAUAGAACACAUCCUCCUGUAGUUGUCUUGACAAUUAUUCAAAUGCAUCCUCUUCUGCUAGGGGAGACAACUGUUGAAAUGCAUCACCUUCUAUGAGAGACAACUACUGAAAAACAACCUCCUCUAUCAGUGGAGACAACUUAUAGAGCACAUCUUCCUGUAGUUCUCUUGACAACUAUUCAAAUGCAUCCUCUUCUGCUAGGGGAGACAACUGUUGAAAUGCGUCCUACUCUACUAGUUGAAACAAAUAUUGGAACACAUUCUCUUCUACUAGUGGAGACAACUUUUUAAAUGCACUCUUCAAUGGAAAAGGAAGCUAAUGGAACACACCUUCCCCCCUCCUGAGGCAACUACAGAACUAUAUCAUAGAGUAGGAGGAAAUAGCAGUAGAAGACGUUUCAUCUCAACUCUCGAUAUUCAAGCAUAGAAAGUAUGCCAUGGAACUUACAUAUAUAUAUGUCUACAGAAAGAAAAAAGUUCCUUGUUUUAGGAUGUUGUUGUUGGAGAUAGUUAACAACUCUUAACAGGGGAAAACAUUGUCCUCUUCACAGGGUAGAGAAGGGAAAAUUUACUGUAGAGUGAAAAAUAUAUUUAUUAUCUUCUCAACCUUAAAUAGGAGGACGACACAUACGCUUGGAAUGAAUGACAUACUGAGAUUGUGAUAUUUGACUUGCCUUGUUCCCGUCAUUCCUGUGUAGAUGUCAAGGGAGGUAACCACGGUGUUUAGUUAACAGAAGGACUCUCGGACCCUUACCAUUAGUAAAGACCCCUUUCCAAGACAAUUUGUGUCAUAUUGACGUCCUAUAACUUCCUAAUUAUAGAGACUAUACCAGACGUAGGUGGCAUUCGUUUGUGCCAACAGCUUGUGAUGAGCAAAUCAAAAUUGAUGAAACCAAUGUGACAUACAAGAUAUCGGAUCGUUUUUUUGUGCAUGCAUAAUUCUUUGCAUUAUUGACAAAGUAAUGAAAUCACAAGUUGGUUUGAACAAGGGUUUGUUCAUAUGCCAAUAUCACAUAGAAGAAAUAAACACAAAAAAUAGUUUGCAAAAAAAGAUUUUCAUGAAAAUUUGCAAAAUUUGCAUCAUAUUUGGAUUUUCCAGUAUAAUUUAUAACAACUUAGUUGCAUAUAUAGAGGAUAUUUAAUGAAAGCUGAUUUGACUAUGACUUAUAUCCAACUGUGUGACUUUGUUCUUGGUCAUAAUGAGAAUUAGACAUGCGUAUGCCACAGACUAGAUAAAACGGUACUCUAAGCAUUCAACUUGUUAUUCCUUCACAGAUAGAAAGUUAGUUUAAAAUUAAAUUGUCCUUUUGAAAUUAUGUUACGGAUAAAAUAUGUACAAAAAAAACAUCAGGCAAUUGUCUAUAUAAUUUCCAAAGCUGUUUCACCUUAUAGUUAUCAUUAUAUAUGUAUUUGCUUUGUGAUCUUACUGCAUGAACUAUAUGAAUACAGAGUUGUGUCCCCUUGAUAUAUUAUCGUGCUUGUUAAUUGUCAUAUGUGUGUAUAAUUUUGAUCAAGGGAAAUAACUCUUAUUCAAUAUAUUGUUACAAAACUUCAAAAUUUACUCUGGUCUAAUAAUUGAUGUCCUUACACAUGUGAGGAUACGUGUCUUUGCUCUUGAUGAUUUGAGUGAUCAGCAUGGCUUGUAUUAAGCAAAUUAUUGACAGACUUUUGGACUGAUGGAAAAAGUGAAUGUCUUUAUCACCAGGUAUAUAAACAGGUCUGAUCAUUUUGUGAUAUCAGGAUUUUUGAUAUCUGACUCUCUGAUAUCUGUGGGUAUACUGAUUAAUACAAGAACAAAACAUGGGUUUGCUUAUUAUUAUGGUUUUAUUAACUGCGAGACAAUGUCUGAUUUUCAUGCUUAUAAAUAUGUUCAAUUCAUUCAUUGUGUAGAUUAUCAUUUAAUCAAUUUUUUAAUCUAAACCAUUACCGGUUUUUUUCAGUUUAUUAACUUCCAAUAAUAGUCAUUAGGAUCAAUCUAGCAUUGUAGCCAUUGCCAUCAGUCCUAUGUGAUCAUGUGUCCUGUGAUUAUUUGAUAAGAAAUGCCUGCUUCUUUAAUUUUUCGGUCUAUAUUCUUUGUGAAUCUGCCUUUCAGUUUGUUCUUUCCUUCCAUAAAUAACACCGACCGUUUUCACCAUUUCAGUUUUAAUACAUAAUUUUUUAUUUUUUGAGAAUAAUCGUUUAAACUUGAAUGAAUUAAGCGGUAGAUGAGUAAGAUUUUCAGUUUUCACAAAACGUAUAUAAUAACAUAUGGUAUUGUUUUUGUGCUUAGGAAAUCUGUUUAAGUUUUGUAAUUUCAACAAAAUAAAAAGAAAGAUAUAGAUUUUCACGAAAAUUUUCCUUUGCUAAAAUCAAUUUGGUUAAAUAAAUGAAAACACAACCAAGUAUCAAAGCUAGAAUAUUUGAACCAGAAAAGUUACUUGAUGGAACUACAGUUACAUAGUGAAUACAGUGUACAAUUCUGAUUGUAAAUUGUUUACGGUGGUUAAAUGACUAUAGAUUGUACUAAUGUAAUUGGACUGUAACGGAUGGUUAGGGCAUUAUGUUACUAAUUUGACAAUGUUUAUAAAUAGUAUGUUAAAUGAGGUACCACCCGUCGUCCUCCUGAAUAUAUGUCUGCAGUACUAGCCACAGUAAACCCUUACUAGUCUUUUCUCUGAAGUUGUGGUAAAUGCUGCUCUCUGAUUGGUCACUUUUACUGUGAAAUCACAAAGGUGUUAAUUUUCAUAUUCUUGGUAAAAUAUUGAUGUCUUUAACCAUAAAUUGAAAUUUCUGGUGAAAUUGAGGAGGGGAGGGGUGGGGGGGUUGACUGAUAACCUGUUUAAGAAAUAAACCUCAGCUUAAUCAUUAUCAAGGGUUUGUAAUGAUGGGCUUAUCAUUGGUAAAAUACAGUACUGUGAUUUAAUGUGUAUCUCUGUACGGUAGGAUAUCAUAUUCAACAAUCUCUGUUGUAUUAUAAUGCAUCAGUUAUAGUCUGAUAUUACAUACAUGAAGUGUUGAUGUACAACACAUGGCAUGGUGAGCCAGGUUGUUCUAAGGAAGUCUUUUACUAAGCAGACAGUGUUCUAUAGCUAGGUAGGAAAACCUGAGGUAUUGAUUUUCCUGGCACAGAUAGUUGUAUUAUUGUGCUGUAAAUAACUUGACAUCGUAUAACCUAUGUUGACUGUAAAUUUAUCAUGUAUAUGGUUUCCCUCAGCUAUAAUGUAUAGUCGGACCCAAAUGAUCUUCAUAUUAAGUAAUCCCUUUAUUUUCAGAUUUGAUUACCUUUUUGAUUGUCCAGGUGUGUUGAGUAGAGUAAAUAUGGCAUAGGAUGUCACAACUGUUUCACCUGUAACUUGAGUUGUCAAUUUCUUACAACAAUAGAUCUCCCUAUGCUAUCUAUAUAAAUAUUGACCCCCCUGUAAUCAUUGACGGCUAAUCGAAGAUCAACACGGCACGUCAUUGUGGUCUGACUAUUCAUUGUUCCCAUCAGCUGUUUGUUUACUUGUUUGCUUAUUGUGAUAUUCUAUGAGACUUGUUGAAUUGGUCAGUUUCAAUAGUAAUUAUAUAAAUUGUUUACUGUCUUAUUUGAGAAAAGAAACUCUGUUUGUCUACUUCAGUCAAAUGUGAUCUUCUAAAAACCAACAUUCAUUUGGUGUUAACAUCUGUAUACAGUAUUUUUUGCAUGUGCAGUUUCCUCUGGAACCUUUUUGUUGUGGAGAUCUGUGUAUUAUACAAAUAUCUUCCUUACUAGGGUUACAUUUCUUUCAGGAAACUAGUAUGUAUUAGUAUACCAAGAACGUUUAAGGUAUGAUUCCUGUGUUCUUACAUCAGAUUUGUUGAUAUACUGAACAAAUAUAUGACAAGCUUUAGUUAAAAAGCUGUUUGUAACAAGUUUCAGAAAUUUCCUAGAAAAGAAAAUGAAGUCGAAACAAUUCUCAUCAUGACAUGUAGAUUUCUUAAUUAUGCCGCCUUGCAGAAAAAUGAACUCUUGUCUAAUUGAAAAUGGCUAACCAGACAGCCCUGAAUUCAGUGCUAUAAGCAUGUUAUCUAUGACGGAAUAUAAACUGUUUGUGUUAUAUUUACCUACAGUACCGUAAUAUAUUCUAAACACCUGGCCUAAAUGACCUAGAGUAUUCUUAUGCCAAAAGAAGUUAUCUCCCUUUGCUACACACAGGACUUUGUGUUAACGUAUUCAAACAUUUCUUGCCUUCCACCUACAACUCAAUCACACAUUCAACUACACAUGAAUGUAUUCAACAAUCUAUAGCCACAGAAUGUCUGUUGAAUAACAUUAUUUCCUUAAAUUCUAAUUAAAUUAUUGGUACCUUCAUUUGUGUUGCAUGCACUUCUUUUGUUACUACCGGUUUCAUUUCUUAAUUAUAAUAUGAUGACGGUGAUAGCUUUCAAAUAUAAUUUAUGUUUUUAUGUGGUAAAUUAUUAUAGUUUCCUUCAUGAAUCAAGUCAUUACAAAGGCUUGAGUUAACCCAACAUUAAUUUUCGUUUUGUCAGAUUGUGGUACUUUGAUAACUUUUGUGAGGUCUACAGAUAGAAUAAAUCAAAAACUGUUAGAAUGAACACAAUGGAGAUAACAGAUUUCAAGAAAGAUUUCCCCCAGUCCUAGAUUGUGAUAUGAACAUGCUCCAUUGUGUACAUUGAAGCCGUAGAAACAGCCAGGACAGUGUACUCUGCCGUCACUAUUCAUGCCAGUCAUAUACUUAAGUCUUCUCCAAGAAGCUUCUGUGGUUUUGGUAUUACCCUGUAUUAAUUUUGAUCUAAUUGCAUUUACAUGUUGUGUCUUUAGUGAUAAGUUAUUCGACAACACAGUGAUACAUUAAAUCAAUAUUGAAGAAUGCAUACAUA